AAAAGGCAAAAAAAGCAUCGUCAUCGUCGCCUGAAACCUAAAUCCAGGGAGGAUACGAUACGACGAUAAUAAUGAUGAUGCUGGCCCGGCGCCAAUACCUAUCAGUGGAUCUUUUGAGGAACUCUGAGAUUUUCGAUCUCAAGAGUGGUAGGUACGGAUAUAUGUUAAAAUUCUGUGAUCAAGAGUCUCCUUGUCCUCCCGUGGUCCUACUCUAUGCGAAGAUGAGCCUUCAUCGUUACAAUUUCGUCAAGGGUACAAAGUUUGAGCUGAUUGGCGUACAGAAAUACGUUCAGACCACUGGUUCUGCUGCUGCUUCAUACUACAUUACUUUGGAUGCAAUUGAUCACGCCACUGCCACUGGUUCCCUUCAAACUUUCCAGAAUGUAGUAUCAGAAAUCAGUUUUGGCAGAUUUAUGCUGUCUUGCAAUAUUGCAAGAAUUAAAGGGGAACCAAGAGAUGGCGAAGGACUUUUGAGGAGGCCACCAUAUAUUCGAGGGGAACCAAGAGAUGGCAAAGGGUUUUUGACGAUGCCAGAUAUGACCUUGCCUACGUGCCCGCCAGAGAAUCCUUUUCAAACAUAUUACCUACUGAAGGAAUCUGAGCUGCAAGAGAAUUCCUGGAUUCGUCUCUAUUUGGAACUUGCUGUUGCCAAAACUGAUAGGCAUUGCAAAGCUAAGGGUGCUGGUCUCUCCAACUUGGAGAUUGUAGACGUGGCCAUUGAUGCUGCCAAUAAUGAGGAAGGACUCUAUGCCAAUAAUGCUCUUUUCUACAUAAGGUACAGGGACUUGUACAAGGCUAACCUUGGUGAGCCUCUUGAUCGCAUUGCUAUUGUUAGAAGAAGCUUUGAUAAGCCUACCGGAUGCUUCUGUCUCGUCGGUCAGUCUCUGAGUUCCGAUGUUAUACCUAAUAACCGUAUGAUUGCUAAUGAGGAGGAUACGGGGUGCUCCAGUUUCAUGGGUCAGAUUCAGAGUCCACAGAACUUCCUACUCAACUCUCUUCACCUCUAGGUGAUCAUGAAGCCGCUAUGAGAACUCGAGAAAUGACGAAGCUACCGGGAGACUCUAUGGAGCUUUCUUUACUCGUUAAACUCUUUGAAAGAUAUUUUACUAAGACUUGAGUUAUUUGGAUUGUUACGUAGAUUGUGUUUUUGUGUGGUCUUCUAAACGUGUCGUCGUGCUUUAAUAAUAAUAAUGUGUUGGUCUUUAUA